UCUUCGUCUACAUGGACGCUGUCUUCAACCUCGAUGAAGCUGCCCGUUCUAGUUUUCUCCAAUUUCUCAUGCGGUUGACUGGCUGCAAAUACAUUUGCUUAUGGCUGCAGCAAGCAAAUUGUUUAAUUGGUUUGGAUGGAUAUUAUAAUGACGUAAACACGAUCCAACCCGAAGCUCUGGUUCUGUUCAUAGAAUAUCGUCAAUUAAUAUUCCCUCUCGAAAACAAUCUUGGCACCGUUCCGGGAUUUGCUUUCAGGAAUUACAGUCCUUACACUGAGCUGAGGGAACAGGAGCUUCAAAACCGAGCAUCUCAUCACACACAGCGACAGUUUUAUCGGGAAGCAGGAGUUAAGACUGCUGUUUUCAUGGGAUGCAGGAGUGGCGAGAUUGAAUUAGGGUCUCCCAAUGAGGUAAAUAUUAACAUGGAGAUGGAGAUGAGAAGUUUUUUCCCAGAAGACUUUUUGCGGCUGUCCCCGGUGGCUAUAGGAAAUCAGCUGCUGCAACCCACCGACCCCAACAGGCCUUCUUCUUCUUCAUCGUCAUUAAGGUCACGGUCCACUGGUGGUAGUCAGGAUUCUUAUCUGAUGCCCACCGCCGCCCCAAGUGCUCCUCGGCCUCAAGUUCAGACCGGUGAAACAAUACCCUCAUCACUGCUAGCCAAAGCGUCAUCUUCUUCAGCCUACGAUCCACACCAGCAAGCCGUGCAACAAGCCUUAUCCGAGCUUCGCAGCGAUAUAAGAUUACCGACUUUAGAGAGCGAAAAUGCAGUGAUGACCAAAGCGAUCCUUGCUGUUCUAACCUCUCCUUCUUCAUCUUGCUCAUCCAAAUCCCAUCAGCAAAACCCCAAAGCCACCGCGUUUAAACUUUACGGCUCCGUCGUGUUAAGCGCAUCCCAAACAACAGCGGCGAGGACGAGCUUACGGCCACAAAGCAUGCUGAAACGAGCCAUUUUAUUCUGCAGAGAAUUAGAUUCGGUGAGGCGUAAACAACUGCCGCGAAGCCGGCCCACCGCCAAUCAAUUGCAGCACAUGUUUUCGGAACGUAAAAGACGAGAAAAGCUCAAUGAAAGCUUCGAAGCAUUGCGAUCCCUUCUUCCUCCCGGUACCAAGAGAGACAGAGUUUCAGUACUCGCUAGUUCAAUGGAGUACUUGGCCUCAUUGAAAGCUCAAAUCAUGGAGCUCAAUCGGCAAAACCAGUCAUUACAAGCUCAUCUGUCGAGUGAUGCUGCCGAAGAAGACAAUGGCUCAUCAAAUGAGAGGAUAAACAUUCGGAUCAUACCCGAAUCCGAAUCGACAUCGCAACAAAGAAUCAUCCACAUGAGAAUCACCUUUAGAGGGGAAAAUUUGAUAACGGAUAUCUUAAUCCAGUUGCUAGAAUUCUUGAAACUCGACAGAAAUACAACCUUGAUGUCCACUGAGUCUGACACUCGGAUAACAGAACUAGGCUCGGUUAAUCAUGUUAACGUGAGAUUUAGAAUUGAGGUCAAUGACUGGGAUGAAGCCACCUUCCGGGAAGCAAUUAGAAGGAUAUUAGCUGACCUGGCACGGUAA